AGAUGGUAAAGUAACUAGAUGUAAAGAGACUAUUAAAAGCAUUGAUGAGGAGAAGAAGACAGUCGUAUACAAACUCUUUGAUGAAGAUAUCGAUCAACACUAUAAGGCCUUUAAGCUUAUCUUGCAAGUGAUUGAGAACAAUGAUGGAGGUGCUUCGGUUAAAUGGACAUUUGAAUAUGAGAAGCUCAAUGAUGAUGUUGAAGCUCCAUAUGGCUACAUGGAAUACUUUGACAAAUUUACUAAAGACAUCGAUGCUCAUCUUCUCGAGGCAUAAGCUGCGACAUCGAUCAAUAAUUAAGUAGAAAAGGUGUUUGGGAAUAAUUAAGUUAAUAAAGUGUGUAUUUAUUUAAUUAAACUGCGUGAAUUUAAUCAUGAAGAAUAAUAUAGAUGCAUGUUUGCAUCGUCUGCUAUCCUUCGUUUGAGUGGAUUAAUAAUUGAUUUGGAUAUGUUUAUGUUAGUGUUGAAUAAUAUUUCUUUUCUUCUUGAUUGCA